AAACUGAUGCUUCCACGCAGCAAACACAACAUCGAGAUCCAAAGUAUUGGUGAGUCUUCCACUAAUAUCAAGUAUAAGACUUCUAUUAAUAUCAAGUCGCAAACGACAGGGUUUGAGCUACCGCUUACUUUUUGCAUUACGUCACAUAUCGCCUAUCAACCGGAACUGGAGAUAGAUAUAUCGUCAUGGCAUAUACCAUCAAAUAUUGUGCUUGCGGAUGAUCAAUUCCACAAAUCUAAGAAAAUCGACCUGCUUUUGGGUACAGAGAGCUUCUUCAGUUUGCUUUCUGUAGGACAAAUUAAAUUUGGUAAUAACCUUCCUAUUUUACAGAAAAGCCUGCUGGGCUGGGCCGUUUCUGGACGCUAUCGUCCGAACUCUAAUGCUCUAAAUACCAAAUACUUGCUUGCCUGUAAGGAUUCUAUAGAUUCAAGGUUGGAAAAGUUAUUCCAGAUUGAAGAAGUUGAAACAAAGUCUGACGUGUGGACUCGUGAGCAACACAGCUGCGAAAAACUAUAUAAUGUCACCGUUCCUCGGAGCGCCAAUGGUCGGCUUAUAGUAAAAAUUCCGUUCAAAGACGAUCCGGCCUGCUUAGGUGAAUUAUACACUACAGCCUUGCGAGGAUUUAAUGCGCUAGAACGUCGGUUACAACGGUCCCCUAUCCUCAGGACACAGUACGUCGCAUUAAUGGAUGAGUAUGAGAGUCUAGGCCAUAUGCAAGCAGUGCCCAACCCGGAAUUGAACGAAUCUCAGUACUUUAUCCCCCACUAUUGCGUUUUGAAGCCGAAUAGCACAACCACGAAGCUAAGAGUUUUCUUCGACGCAUCUUGUCGAAAAACUAUGCAGAAAUCGAUAAACGACAUCCAAAUAGUCGGACCUACUAUCCAAAGCGUGAAAAU